UCUGUGUGACAGCGGCUCACUCGUACCCGUCGUUUGGAGAAUAGACACGCCUCAAGAUUGGCGUGGUAACAUUUCCGAUAUCAGUGGUAGAUUCGGCUUGGACAAGGAUACGCGUUCUGCUUCGGAGGCAUUUACCUCAAAUCUUGAUGCGUUUUUGAUGUUAUCUUCCAAAGCACUUUCUCAAAUCCAAUAGUUUCGCAAUGUUGGAAAGGAAGCGUUGCUAAUACGUGUUGUUGAAAUAGAAUUUGUUACAAAUGGAAUCGAUUCGGUUUGACUGUACCAAUAAUUUUCCGAGCGGGGAAAAAUCACACCCGGUAAACGUUGAAAGAGGCAAGGACAAAAUAAGCCAUAUAUUUUGUAGUGUGGAUUUCGAAUACCAUAGGUCAUUUUAAGGACUUGAGUAUGAUGCGAAAUUCAUAAACGUGAUCUGCGCGUGAGAAAAUGUGUUAAAUUUGCAGAUGUGAUCGUGAUAUCUUAUCGUAGCUUUUGGCGUCUACAAAGGUUAUGUAAUCGGAGUCACUGCAGUGCAAAUUGGUAGGGAAACUAAUAAGGGGGGACAUUGAGUUCGAUCAAUGAUCAAGAUUGGUUCUUGAAUGCUAGCAAUAGUUUUCCACAAAGCUAUGAUCUAUGGCUUACCUUAUUGCGAUUCUGCCUCGAGAAUAGCGUGACUUCCUGUCUUAAUCUGAGUAAAUCUAUACUCUCAGAGAAAUCAUACUUCUAUUUGCGCUGGGAGUGUCCAAAUGAGUUUAUUACUGGCGCGAUUGGUUACAAAAACUAAUGUUGUAGUCUAUCCCGAUUCGGUCAUAAGGAAGGUUGCGAUGGCUAGGUAACUCAUCUCGACGGGAUCGACAUUUGUUCCAAUGGUGCCGAUGGGUUUCUCACCAAGGAGAGUUUAGUGAUUUUAUUCGAUUUCGCGUAAUGGAUGCAUUAAUUUCAAUGAACGACUCGAGAGGUGUACAGGUUGAUUCAGUUCGAAAGUGAUUACUGGGAGCUGUCUGGAUGAUAAUAAAACAACCUUUUUUGUGCAAGCAGACGUCCAUGAAUUUGGACUUGGACUAAGAGACUUCAUCUGGAGACCUUUUGACUACAGGACCUCAACGUCCCGGGUCACACUGAAUAGCUGUCUCAACAUUCAUUCUCAGUCGCAAAUUUCUGUCGAAUAGAAUAAACAUUUUCGAGCCAUCCGCCAUAACUGGAUUAAUGUUCUUAGAAACGGCUCUCUGUUUAAUGGAGGAAUUAUCAUUACCUACUUACUGUGGCAAUACUCUGCAGAAGCAGUACUUUCAGUUCGCUGAUGGAUUUCGCCAAUAGUUUUCGAGCCAUCAUACUUUUUAGGAUUUAGGCCUUGCUCUGACAGCCCGCAUCUGUGUUUGAGAAGAUCAAUAGUAUACGUCCAACAAACUCACUUAUUCUAUUGUACAACUGCACAAUAAGUUCAAAAGUAAAACAUGGGUUGCUAUCAAGGGAAAGCCGUCUCGGUGCAAAGCCAUUCCUCAAAUGGCGCGGUCAACGGCACACGACGGAAAAAGAAAGAAGAGGACCCCGAGUUACAAAUAAACCUGGACCCUCGAGCGCCCUUAAACGCCCGCCAGAUCUUCAAGUUACAGAAAUCAUGGAAAGCUAUUAAGCGAAACAUGCAGAUGGCUGGCAUAGAGAUGUUUAUUGGAUUACUCAUCGGGUUAAGGAAAAACCUGAUGGAAAAAGCUGCUUUCUCUGGUUACGACAAUAUGAGUGGAGAAAUUGACCAUGGAAACAGUUUAUUCCGAUCACGAGCCGACCUUAAGACCCUGUUCAAGGGCUUCAGCGAGAUGGACGGCGAAGACGAGCUCCGGGAGAGCAGCGCCCUUGAGGCCCACGCCACACUCGUCAUGGGUGUAUUCGACGAAGCCAUCCAGAACAUCGAAAAAGUAGAUUACGUUUUUCAGUUAUUGGAAAAAGUCGGCAGAGCACAUCAAAGAUUUCCUGGAUUUACCGGGGAUUUAUUUUGGAACAUGGAAAAGCCAUUCAUGCAUUCCGUUCGUAUCACGCUAGGAGAUCGUUACAAUGACAGCAUAGAGAUGGUCUACCACAGGACCAUCUCGUUCCUCCUCACCAAUCUGGAGAGGGCAUUCAAAAACGAGAAGAUGGAUAAGCUUUAGUGCGAACUGGCAUUCUUGUUGUUACGUUGAUUUCAUGGCGCAGCUUUUUAUGUGCAUCAUAGAAUUGCAUGUGAAGCUUUGGGCUUUUGAAAGGAUUCCAAUUAGUCUAAGGAGCCGCUGAAGUCUCUUGUGAAUCGGGCUCUUUUUCUUGUACCCGGAUAUUUCGUCAUUUCACAAAAGUUGCGAAUACAUGAGGAUCAAGGACAAACUGGUGUGCCAGCAAAAGGAUUAAUAGACGGAGAUGGAACUGUGUUUAUUGGUUCUUUGUAAAGGUAAAAAGCAUUAGUAUGCUGUCAGAAAGAAUUUGGGAAUCUGGACGAUUGGCAUUUAGGCUAACAACAAUGGUGUAAGAUGGCGUGGAGUUGCUUUUCGCGUGUUACUUAGUUGUCUGACUGUUUUUAUACUCAUGCAUCGUUAAAACAUAUGAGAGACUGGUGGGCGGGUAUGGAACUGUCCGAAGUAAGAGGUGCUGGGAAAGUGAAACGAGGCCUAACCAAAACAGUGCUAUAUGUGAACUGUCAUUUCACUGAUUUGAGACCGCUCUUCAUGAAUUACAACGAACUCGACACAAAGGUAUGCCGAAACAUGACGUCACAUGACCAUUAGAUAUAAAGUUGAUCAUGUCCCCAGUCUAUCAAAAUCGAACAUGUUGUCGCGAUGUCCACGCUGAGCAUGGACAGACGUCAUAGUAACUUGUGUACGAUAUGCUGUCCAAAAUCCAAUGUUGUUCUUCAAGUUGCGAUGAUGAAUCGUGAGCUAAGACAAUGUUGUUCUUCAUUGAGGUGGUAAAUUAUGAGCAUCGGCCAAGGAGCAUCGGUUCCGUUGACUCAAAAUUGGGCGAGCGUUCGCUUCAACAGAGAGGUCUGCAUGUUUUCAGUGACGGGAAUAUUUAUCUUUUGACUUCGUCACAUAUUUUCACAUGACCCAUUGACGCUGACGACGGAGCUUCGUAGUUCGUACUUUGUCGUGUGUAGGGGUUGCGAAACAUGCCAACUAUAUCAAAGGCCAAAGCCGUUCGUUGUCUCAUGUCUCAACUAUAUCUAGUGCGCUUAUCUAACACCAUGCGACACCAAUAUGCAUGCAUGCAUUGCGUGUACGUGUGUCGUUCGUUCUCGCCGCGCACAAUGCGUGCCGGUAAUCAAGUUUCCAAAAUUUCUUUUGAAUCAUAAAUAUUCAUACUCCAACGGCAAUGAUGCUAGUUAUCUUCUUCCAAAAACUAAUCAUCCACACCUUUUAGUUGAUAUCAAUCACUCUUGAACCAAGUUAAUGAUUUUUCGCAGCGCCAAUUCCGCGCAUCGAUAAAACAUAUGCCCCUUUGUCGGGCAAAUUUUUUCCAUUGCCAUUUUAAGACUUGUGAUGUAGCCAGUACACCUGAUGCGCGCAUCGAUCAAACAUCAAAUUCCUUUCUUUGCCACAUUGAGACCGGUGAUGUAGCCAGGGGUGACACGCUCAAAGGAAAUGGAUGCCUUUUCUCUCUGGAAACAAACAAUCUGGUUACACAAACCAUCAUCAUUUGUGCUUGCUCGAUCACUCUCGGACAUAAAUGGCCAUCUGCCUCGCUGCAAUAACACAGACAAACGAGUCCCAUUAUCCCGUAAAGUACCCGGAUUACGAUUGUCUCACGUCAAAUCACUCAAAUCAACUGAAUCGAUAAUUGGACGUGUUCGCGCUCAACUUCGGGACGGUUUGUCGAUGCUUGGUGUUUGUUCAGCAUUUCAGGUGCACCGUAUGUGUAAAGCAUGCAAACGCCCUUUUUAUUUGAAAGAUGAGAUAAAAAGGUUGACAAUAGCGAGGUUGACAUAGGAUACGACUAGGAUUUCGACGUUUCAUGAUUCCAUUUUCACUAUUUGCAAUUCCAUUCUGACGUUUCGUAAUUCCACUACGACGUUUCUAUAUUCGUAAUUCCAUGAGGACGUUUCGCAUUUCCAUUACGUUCUUCGUCCAUAAAAAAGUUUCGUACGUGUAGUUACAUCACGACGUUGUAAUCUUAUUCCGACGUUUCGUUAUUUCAUUCCGACAUUUGUAAUUCCAUUCUGAUGUUUAAAGGACGACGUUUCGCAAUUCCAUUACGACCUUCGUCCACAAGAACUCGUCAUUACACCCGCAAUUACAUUAAGACGUCAAGGCGUAAUUUAAUGCCGACUUGUCCAAAGGUUUUGUAAUUCCAUUAUAUUCGGACGUUUUGUCAGUAUUGUAUUAAGACUUUUAUUCAUGAAUACUACAUUUUUUUCUUUCUUUUUAAUCUUUCGAAGAAAGUAUACAGCUGGUGGUUGACCGAGCUUGUCCAUCUUAGCAAAGUGAGGGCAUGCCCCGGUAGAAUUUAUCGACCCGUAAUUUCUCUGUCUGUGUCGCAACUCUCAACCUCUCUCAUAUUUCGCUGUU